AUGAAUGUCAUAUCAAACACUCGCGUAUCGUAUAAACUGAGAAGAUUUUAUGAGUUCCUCUGUUUGCUGACAGUCGAGCCCUAUUUCUUUGCCUUUAUGUUUGUGUUUGCCAUGAAGAAGGUGCCAUCGGAUCAGCUCAUCCAGGACAAAAUAUGUCGACUCACCUACAAAUUGGACACAACCUACUGCACACUACUGCCCACAAUGUCAGCCAAUGAGGACUAUUUCAAUAUGAAUACCGGUGGCCUCCACUGA